UCGCAUAUUUUUAUUCUUCAUUAUUCAAGUCAGCCAGAUCUCAUGUAAAGACUCCUUUGCAUGCUCAAUUUUAGGCAACCUAAUGGAGCUGGACAUCAGACCAUGAGUUGAUGGGGAUCCACCAAGCUGAAACCCUCAUUCUUCAAGUCAGCAAUCAGUGACCUCAGAAGCCCUAGAAGAGAAAGUACAAAAGCAGAAGUUUCCAAUUAAAUGUCAUGCUAUAGGGGGCAUGAUCCCUUUCCAGGUUGAAAAGUAGAAGACUGGCAUGCAAGACACAAAGCAACCUUAUUCACAGUAGUACAAGUGAAGCUCAUCUUUUCCUGAUCAAUUUGCCCAACAAUCCUGUGAUCAGGCCUGUGCCCUGAAAGGACCCACAUGCAUAUAAAGCCACCUUGUGCAUCACCCAAAUGUGAACAUGGAAGUAGUAAACAUUUACUCCAGGUGUCAGCUAUUGAGGUUAAGAGCAGAAAGUAGAGGGGCAAUUGCCAUGUUAGUAGCCAUGGUCAACAUGUGCAGAGAUGGAGUCAGAAGAGCCAGUGAUGGUACUGGAGUGUAGACAGUGGCCUACAUCUGCACAGCUGAGAUUUGUUUUUGAACAAAUCAAACCCACCAACAACCAUUCACCUCAGUUAAACUUGCCCAGCUGGUUCUUGAACAAGCACACAGUUCUCACCAUUUACAGAGGAGUUUAUAGAACCAGUAGACUCUUUGACCUCUUCACUGUCAGAAGGCACUGUUGGGUAUUCAGGGGACUUUAUUAACAUCAAGAUAGGCAUUACAGAGAUGCUUUUUGCAGACAGCAGUCUCACCAUUUGUAGUGGUUCCCAGAUCAGAAGAGUCAUUGUGGCAGCUGGACAUUGUAGAUGGAGUAGACUGAUUCAAAUGAACAGGAAAGACUUCACUUUGCAGAGAUAGCUCUGGAAUACUAGGCUCAGAUGCAUUAGCCCCAUUUGAGCCUGCUGGAGGGUUGAUGCUUCCAGAAGAACCUUGAGAGCUAGGCCUCACUGAGGGACUGGGUUCAGAAGGAGCAGAUCCAUUUGAAUUUGCAGUGGACUUGACAUUCUCAGAGCCACUGUCUGAUCCCAUGUCCUCACCUGAGCCUUCAGAAGGGGUCACAUGUUCAGACAGUUCAGUUCCAGACCUGGACCCAUUAGCCAUAACUGCACCUGCCAGAGUGGUGGUGGCAGCAUGAGAAGGUUCUGGGCCUGCUGUAGUAACUUCCCCAGAAGGUUCUGUUCCAGAGCUAGAGCCUGGGCCAGCUGGAGUAACUGGGCCUUCCACAGUGGUGAUGCCACCAGAAGGUUCUGGGCCUGCUGUAGUAGUCACUUCCCCAAAAGGUUCUGUUCCAGAGCUAGAGCCUGCCAGAGUAACUGGGCCUUCCACAGUGGUGAUGCCACCAGAAGGUUCUGGGCCUGCUGUAGUAGUCACUUCCCCAAAAGGUUCUGUUCCAGAGCUAGAGCCUGCCAGAGUAACUGGGCCUUCCACAGUGGUGGUGCCACCAGAAGGUUCUGGGCCUGCUGUAGUAACUUCCCCAGAAGGUUCUGUUCCAGAGCUAGAGCCUUGGCCAGCUGGAGUAACUGGGCCUUCCACAGUGGUGAUGCCACCAGAAGGUUCUGGGCCUGCUGUAGUAGUCACUUCCCCAGAAGGUUCUGUUCCAGAGCUAGAGCCUGCCAGAGUAACUGGGCAUUCCACAGUGGUGGUGCCACCAGAAGGUUCUGGGGCUGCUGUAGUAGUCACUUCCCCAGAAGGUUCUGUUCCAGAGCUAGAGCCUGCCAGAGUAACUGGGCCUUCCACAGUGGUGGUGCCACCAGAAGGUUCUGGGCCUGCUGUAGUAGUCACUUCCCCAGAAGGUUCUGUUCCAGAGCUAGAGCCUGGGCCAGCUGGAGUAACUGGGCCUUCCACAGUGGUGCUGCCACCAGAAGGUUCUGGGCCUGCCAGAGCAACUGAGCCUGCACUGGGGUUCACACCCUCACAAGGUUCUGUUCCAGAGCUAGAGCCUGGGCCAGCUGUAGUAACCAGGCCUUCCACAGUUGUACUGCCACCAGAAGGUUCUGGGGCUGCUGUAGUAGUCACUUCCCCAGAAGGUUCUGUUCCAGAGCUAGAGCCUGGGCCAGCUGGAGUAACUGGGCCUUCCACAGUGGUGCUACCACUAGAAGGUUCUGGGGCUGCUGUAGUAGUCACUUCCCCAGAAGGUUCUGUUCCAGAGCUAGAGCCUGGGCCAGCUGGAGUAACUGGGCCUUCCACAGUGGUGCUACCACUAGAAGGUUCUGGGGCUGCUGUAGUAGUCACUUCCCCAGAAGGUUCUGUUCCAGAGCUAGAGCCUGGGCCAGCUGGAGUAACUGGGCCUUCCACAGUGGUGCUACCACUAGAAGGUUCUGGGCCUGCUGUAGUAGUCACUUCCCCAGAAGGUUCUGUUCCAGAGCUAGAGCCUGGGCCAGCUGGAGUAACUGGGCCUUCCACAGUGGUGCUACCACUAGAAGGUUCUGGGGCUGCUGUAGUAGUCACUUCCCCAGAAGGUUCUGUUCCAGAGCUAGAGCCUGGGCCAGCUGGAGUAACUGGGCCUUCCACAGUGGUGCUACCACUAGAAGGUUCUGGGGCUGCUGUAGUAGUCACUUCCCCAGAAGGUUCUGUUCCAGAGCUAGAGCCUGCCAGAGUAACUGGGCCUUCCACAGUGGUGCUGCCACCUGAAGGUUCUGGGCCUGCCAGAGCAACUGAGCCUGCACUGGGGUUCACACCCUCACAAGGUUCUGUUCCAGAGCUAGAGCCUGGGCCAGCUGGAGUAACCGGGCCUUGCACAGUGGUGCUACCACCAGAAGGUUCUGGGGCUGCUGUAGUAGUAACUUCCCCAGAAGGUUCUGUUCCAGAGCUAGAGCCUGGGCCAGCUGGAGUAACUGGGCCUUCCACAGUGGUGCUACCACUAGAAGGUUCUGGGGCUGCUGUAGUAGUCACUUCCCCAGAAGGUUCUGUUCCAGAGCUAGAGCCUGGGCCAGCUGGAGUAACUGGGCCUUCCACAGUGGUGCUACCACUAGAAGGUUCUGGGGCUGCUGUAGUAGUCACUUCCCCAGAAGGUUCUGUUCCAGAGCUAGAGCCUGCCAGAGUAACUGGGCCUUCCACAGUGGUGCUGCCACCUGAAGGUUCUGGGCCUGCCAGAGCAACUGAGCCUGCACUGGGGUUCACACCCUCACAAGGUUCUGUUCCAGAGCUAGAGCCUGGGCCAGCUGGAGUAACUGGGCCUUGCACAGUGGUGCUACCACCAGAAGGUUCUGGGGCUGCUGUAGUAGUAACUUCCCCAGAAGGUUCUGUUCCAGAGCUAGAGCCUGGGCCAGCUGGAGUAACUGGGCCUUCCACAGUGGUGCUACCACUAGAAGGUUCUGGGGCUGCUGUAGUAGUCACUUCCCCAGAAGGUUCUGUUCCAGAGCUAGAGCCUGGGCCAGCUGGAGUAACCGGGCCUUGCACAGUGGUGCUACCACCAGAAGGUUCUGGGGCUGCUGUAGUAGUAACUUCCCCAGAAGGUUCUGUUCCAGAGCUAGAGCCUGGGCCAGCUGGAGUAACUGGGCCUUCCACAGUGGUGCUACCACUAGAAGGUUCUGGGGCUGCUGUAGUAGUCACUUCCCCAGAAGGUUCUGUUCCAGAGCUAGAGCCUGGGCCAGCUGGAGUAACCGGGCCUUGCACAGUGGUGCUGCCACCAGAAGGUUCUGGGGCUGCUGUAGCAAUGAGCUUCUCAAGCUUUACCACCUCCCAUGAGCCAGAACCACCUUCAUUUUCCUGAUCAGCCAACAAAGCUUGAAGGUAGACUGAAAAAAAAAAAAUGCACAUUUUAAAAUGCUUUUAGUGAGAUUUCCCACUACAAUGGAAGCUAAACAUACAUGUACAAUAUGUAGAUACAAUCCAUGUAGUAGUGCAGCAUUUCUGUUACAGUAUGCCCUUUUCAAUAAGCUUUGAAAUGUACCAAGUUUGGAUUAGCUGUAAAGUAGCCAUCAGCACCCACCCCAUACAUGUAUUCUCUUUAGGAACAGAGGAUGUUCCUUACAUCAGUUUAGAACUGAAACACAUUCAAUAAACCAUGGCCCAAACUAAACCAGACAAGUUAGAAGCAA